AUGGCCAUUGACCAGAGCGACGAAGCGGCCCUCCAAAUCCUUCUCGAAGAGUUGGAUUACCUUGAAGAUCAGCAGAAGGGGAAGGGAGUAUCUGGAAAAUCCACCGAUUGGGAAAUUGCUAUGAAUAGCAUGAGAGAGCAGAUCCUAAUCGCUCAGACCUGUGCUCGGGACGAAAUAUUGGCUAUAAGCAUGAGCACUGCCGUUGCUACCGAUCAAAACAUACUUGCCUCGAUCCAGAAGGACGAAACCCAUGCGACGCAGGAUCAUCAGCUUGCUCUCGCACUGAGCAACGGGGAAAUCCCAGCGCAAACUAUGCAAGAACGAGGUGAAAAUUCAGAUUCCGAGGAAGACGACGCUGUGUCGACUGUCAUGUGUGAUUUGAUGAAUCGAAUCGUCAUAGGGGAAGGCUCCGACAAUGGGGAAGGCCCAUCAAACUCGUCGUUCUCACCUCGAAUAUCCGCCGUUACCAAACAAUGUUGCUCCUGUAUGGAACGCUUCCACAGUCUCAUGUUUACGGGCUCCUGUGGCCAUGAGUUUUGUAAAGAUUGUAUCAGGUCAAUGUUUCUGGGAGCAAUCAAAGAUGAGGAGUUGUACCCGCCUCGCUGUUGUGGACAGAUCGUGCCUCCUGGAGUCGCUUUAAGGGUCUUAAAUUAUGAGGAGCUCCGUGAAUUUGGCGCAAGGGCAGUUGAAUGGACUGCUAAAGAUCGACUCUAUUGUGCUGAGCAAACAUGUUCCAAGUUCAUCCCUCCAUAUGCGAUUCGGGACGAAAUCGGCACUUGCCCAAGCUGCUAUCAAAGGACUCAUCUCACUUGUCGUUCUUUGGAACAUCCCGGCGUUGACUGCCCUAUGGAUGAGGCACUUCAGAGGGUGUUAGAAAUAGCCAAAGGUGAGGAUUGGAGGCGAUGCUUUCACUGCCAGGCGAUGGUAGAACUUGACCAUGGUUGCAACCACAUCACAUGCCGGUCAGUAUACAUAAACACAAGCAUCAAAGCUUAA